AUGUCUUUAUUACGCGCCGCACUGCCCGGAAACGAGCGGAACACUGAUCAUCACACUUCACUGUCCACCAGCCGCUCAGAAAAAGGCUCAGGCUGGUCCAGCCGCUCGCUGGGCGCCCGAUGCCGCAACUCCAUUGCCCUCUGCUCGGACGAGCAGCCACACAUCGGAAACUACCGGCUGCUCAAGACCAUCGGCAAGGGCAACUUCGCCAAGGUCAAACUGGCGCGACACAUCUUGACGGGUAGAGAGGUUGCAAUAAAAAUCAUUGACAAAACACAACUCAACCCUUCAAGCCUACAGAAGCUUUUUCGUGAGGUACGCAUCAUGAAAACCCUCAAUCAUCCUAACAUCGUCCAGCUUUUUGAGGUCAUAGAGACAGAAAAGACUCUCUACCUGAUCAUGGAGUAUGCGAGUGGAGGGGAGGUUUUUGACUACCUCGUGGCUCACGGCCGCAUGAAAGAGAAAGAGGCCCGCGGCAAGUUCCGACAGAUUGUGUCAGCUGUGCACUAUUGCCAUCAGAAAAACAUAGUUCACAGGGAUUUGAAGGCAGAAAAUCUGCUGCUCGACGCCAACUCUAACAUCAAAAUUGCUGACUUUGGCUUCAGCAAUGAGUUCAUGGCCGGGAGCAAGCUGGACACCUUCUGCGGCUCUCCGCCUUAUGCCGCUCCCGAACUCUUUCAAGGCAAGAAGUAUGACGGCCCCGAAGUUGACAUCUGGAGCUUGGGCGUCAUCCUCUACACACUUGUGAGCGGCUCACUGCCUUUUGAUGGCCAAAACCUGAAGGAGCUACGCGAGCGUGUCCUCAGAGGAAAGUACCGCGUGCCCUUCUACAUGUCCACAGACUGCGAGGGCAUCCUGCGCCGGUUUUUAGUCCUCAACCCUACGAAACGAUGUUCGCUGGAGCAAAUCAUGAAAGACAAAUGGUUGAACGUGAGCUACGAAGGAGAGGAGCUGAAACCCCACAAAGAACCUGAGGAGGACUUCAACGAUACUGCCCGCAUCGAUGUUAUGGUUGGGAUGGGCUUCACCAGAGAGGAGAUCAGAGAUUCUUUAGUCAGUCACAAGUACAACGAGGUGACGGCCACGUACUUGCUGCUGGCACGCAAGAACGAGUUCGAAAGCAGCGUGUCCCGCUCCGGCAGCAAUCUCAGCCUGGCUCGCGUCAGGCCAAGCACUAUUGCUAACGGUACCAGCAAGCACUCCGCUUCCUCCUCUGGUGCUACGUCCUCAACUCACAAGCCACAACGCAGCGUCUCCACCUACCAGCGCCAGAGACGACACUCAGACUUUUGCGGUCCAGCAGCUCCUGGAUCAGCACAUCCCAAGCGAAGUCCAAGCAAUGUUGGAGAAGCAGCCGGGCUAAAGGAGGAUAGGCUCUCAAUCCGCAAGGCCAGCAACAAUGCCGUCGGCUCCCGCAGCAUCCCGACACCAUCCAGUCCAAUGGUCAGCUCGGCCCACAAUCCCAACAAAGCAGAGAUUCCUGACAGACGCAAGGACGCCACCUCCACAACGAAUAAUGUCUCAGGUAGCGGCAUGACGCGGAGAAAUACAUAUGUUUGCAGCACAGACAGACACUCGCUGCUUCAAAAUGGCAAAGAAAACAGUUCCCUUUCCCACCGGCUUCCCCCUGCCUCUCCCUCCACCCACAGCAUUACCGGCGCGUCAGCCUCAUCUUCAACGUCAACGCCUUCCUCGCGUCUCUCCCGUGGCUCCACGGCCAGGAGCACCUUCCACGGCGGGCAAAUCCGCGACCGCCGGCCACCCUUGCACUUGGCGCCCGCCUCGCCGACGCCGUCCCACGACUCUGGCGGACCCCCGCCCAGUUCCAGGACCCCACGCGCCACCAGCAACUUGCUCAGCAAGCUCACCUCCAAGUUGACCCGCAGGGUCACUCUUGACCCUUCUAAGCGUCCGAGCUCAAACAAAUCUGUGUCGGGCUACACCCUUCCGCAGGCCACAAAAACAAUUAACGAACCUGAGAGAAUCAGCAGAUCUCCGGUCACAAGUCGCCAUAUAUCUGGGCAUCAGAAAGCGUCCGAGCCCCGGACCCCCCGAUGCGGCUGGGAUGUGAGGGUACGCAGCCCCCGCGACCCGGCCGAGGUGGUCCUGGCUCUGCGGGAGGCGGCCCAAGGCUGCGGCUGCCAGGUGCACCUGGCGGGGCCUUUCCUGCUUUCGUGCACGCACGGCGCUGCCGGUGCCCGCGUGGCCUUUGAGGCCGAAGUGUGUCAGUUGCCCGGCGGGACUGCACAGAGCAGCGGUGUGCGCUUCAAGCGCCUCUGGGGGGCACCGCUCGCCUUCAGGGACAUCGCCACUAAAGUGUCCAAGGAGCUGGAGCUCUGA